AUGGCCUGGAGUCUUACAAGUGCGAAACAUGGAAAUGUGAGAAACAAUGUAAAGGCAAAGAAAAGACAUGUCAAUGUACAUGUUGUCAACAGAAAUGUAGAAAUCAACAAGUUGACUCCUGCAAAGCCCCCGCUCCACGCUCUCUCUCUGCUUCAAGCCGCCAGUCAAGCGCAGUUGUCCGAUCCUCCCACUGAAGAAAGUCUCACUGGUGUCCCUGGUACAGAAGCCUCCACACCUUUUUCCCCUGAUCCCCAAGUCAUCGCCGCCGUCGUCGUUGCCCUCAUCGUCGCCAUCAUCCUGCUCGACCUGUGCAUCUUCCGCUUUCCGGUGGGCCGCAACAUCCGCGAUUUCCUCGUCCGCAAGAUACCCUUCUGCAUCGCGUUCUACAGCUGA